AACUCGCCGGGGGCAGCGUGUAUAUAAACUGAGUUUGAUGUCAUGGUGUGCAAUCUUCUCUUGGAUGUAGGAGAGGCAUUUCACAGAGGAAACCACCUCACUGAUUUCACGCCUGAUGUACAAUCAUGGUGUUCAACAAUAAUAUUGUGAAGAAACCGAGAGUUAAAGUUUCCAAAUGGGCGGGGCAAAUAGAUGCUCUUCUGUGUGUUUUGACAGCGAUCGUCGCCGGCGGGUGCUAUCUUAAUAGCUUGAAUGGAGAUUUCGUGCAUGAUGAUAUCUAUGCAAUUAAAAACAAUCCUGAUGUUAAUGGACAGUCAGAAUGGACGGAAAUAUUUACCAAUGAUUUUUGGGGCAGACCAAUGCAGGACAACUCGAGCCAUAAGUCGUACAGGCCAUUGACAGUACUGACAUUCAGAUUGGAUUACAGUCUAAGCAAUGGCAUUGCUUCGUGGUUCCACGUCAUCAAUGUGAUCCUUCAUUCCAUUGUCACCAUGCUUUUCACAUACAUGUGUCGGAGCGUGUUCUCCAUCCCAAGAGAGUGCUCCACCACUGCGGGGCUGUUGUUUGCUGUGCACCCAGUUCACUCCGAGGCAGUUGCAGGAAUUGUGGGAAGGGCAGAACUGUUGGCAGCUGUUUUCUUCCUUCUGGCUCUCAUCUGUUAUGUCAAAUCAAUCGAUGUAAAGCAUAACUACGAAACUCCUGAUUUCCCAGUUACCCAGCAUCCUGUGCUGCUGGUUGCCAUGGUGAUAUGUACAGUGGCAGCCAUGUUGUUCAAGGAACAUGGAGUGACAGUGAUUGGUGUGUGUGGCUUGCUGGAUGUAACCAUCUUCUGCAGGAAGGGAAUCAUCAGGGUGCUGACUGAGAGGUCUGAAGCAGCCAUGAUGAGGAUGAGUCCCCUGAUGGCCAGGUUCCUGGUGCUCAUCUCCACUCUUCUCUGCCUCCUGAUAUUCCGAAUCUGGAUCAUGGCUGGAGAACUUCCAGAAUUCCUGGAGCAGGACAAUCCCGCGUCCUUCUCUGACUCCCUCAUCACUCGAGUUCUGACCUACAACUACCUGUUUGCCUUCAACUCCUGGCUUCUACUGGCACCAGUCACUCUUUGUUAUGAUUGGACACUUGGCAGUAUCCCAUUGGUGGAGUCAGUUGCAGACCCCCGUAACUUAGCAACUUUGGUGCUAUUUGCCACAUUUGUCGUUAUUGGCUACAAGUGCGUCCAAGAUUUUAAAUCUCAGAAUGACAGUUAUCCCAGUGUGACGCUCCUGGCUUUGUCUCUACUUGUGAUUCCCUUCCUGCCAGCAUCCAAUCUCUUCUUCCGUGUGGGUUUUGUGGUUGCAGAAAGAAUCCUUUAUCUACCAAGCCUAGGGUUCAGCCUGCUGGUGGGGUAUGGGUUGAUGGUGUUGCUGCAACGAUGCCGGGACAACAGGAAGCACCUGAUGAUGGCCAUGCUGGCAUACCUGGCCAUUCUGGCCACCAAGACAUGGACUCAAAACACUGUCUGGAUGUCUAGAGAGGCCCUGUUUAGAUCGGGCGUGAAGACGAUGCCAAACAAUGCCAAGGUGCACUACAACUACGGCAACUACCUCAAAGACAUCGGCAACUCCCAGGAAGCUAUUCUACACUACCAGAAGUCACUCCAGCUCUACCCACACCAUGCCAGUGUCUACAACAACAUGGGCACAGUGGUGACCAAUCAGACGGAGGCAGAGAUACUGUACAAGAUGGCUCUCAAACUUCUACCCAAUCACAAGGGAGCUUACAUCAACCUGGGCCAACUAUUGUUCAAUCGGGGUGAGAGAGAGGAGGGGGUGCUGAUGGUGCAGAGGUCGCUGGACAUCGACGCUCACAACAUCGAUGGGCUGCUGGCGAUGGGGAAAAUGAUGAUGGAUGAACAGAGAUGGACGGAGGCAGAACACUACAUCAAGACUGCCAUCGUGGAGAAACCAUCCUUCGCCAAGGCCUAUAACUACUAUGGCGUGUUUCUACUGAGGAAAGGCCAGCUGAAGGAUGCGGUGACAUACUACCAGCAAGCCUACAAGCUGGACCAACUGGACACCAUAGCGAUGUCUAACGCAGCUGAUGGUCUUCGACAACUGGGGAGACUGGACGAAGCAGAGCAGCUACUGAGGCACUCCAAUGCCAUCAAGCCAGAUGUGAAGACCCUGGACCAACUGGCGAUGUUGUACUUCCGCACUGGUCAGAUGUCCAAGGCCCAGGAGGUGUAUGAGGAGCUGAUGGCCCAGUCCCCCAACAACACAGAUAUCAUCAUACACUAUGCUAAUGUGCUGAUACGGCAGAAUGAGUUGAACAAGGCAGAGCUGUAUGCAAUGCGAGUGCUAUCCCAUCAUCCUUCACACUUGGAAGCACUGCGAGCAGCAUCAAACAUCGCAGGGCUCAAAAGGAGAUACAAAGAGGCUGUGUACUACCUACGUGAGGCAGUAGCCCAAGCUGCUCUUCUCCAGAAGGACAAAACCUAUCGAGCCAUGUUGAGCUAUGACCUUGGAAACAUGUACAAGGAUCUGAAGGAGAUGGAGCUAGCUGCACAGUAUUACGAAGAGACCCUGCAGCUUGAUGCCUCCAAGUCCAAGGCUCACCUGAAUCUUGGUGCCAUAUAUCACUUGAAGGGCCAGUUUGCCAACGCCCGCCAUCACUAUGAAGCUGUACUGAAGCUGGACCCUGACGACCAACUGGUGAAACAGAAUCUCCUGAAGCUGGGCAGACUGGAGAAACAGCAAGCAGACGUCAACCACACCAAGCGCUGACAAGACUAGGGUUGUAGAUACAGGGUUCAUGCAUUUGAACGUCAGAUGUCACAGGGGAACAUCCUCCGAAGCAUUUGGCUUGGGCUUGAUAUAGCUGGAGAUGUUCCUUGUGCAAGGUACAAGGCGUACCUUUACCUACUGUGGCUGACAGAUUCUACAACACAGGUCUGUGACCUCCCGGAGAAGGUCCAACAUCCUGAGUGUCUCUGUGUCAGGGUUGUAGACUGGUCCGAUGUUUCAGUCAGGAGGCUUGCAUGAACUAAUGGUAUAGAACUUCAGUUUAACAAAGAUACUUGUUCAAACAGUUGAAUAUUCUGGCUAAGUAUGAUCCAGUUCUUCCGAUGACCACCAUCUACCACAAUGCUAACAUCUCCAUCUCAACUGAUGUCCACACAUGCCAGAAUGAUUGCAAGUCCUCUGUCUGGUUACGCAUAGAAUGCCACAAUGAAUAAAUCAUAUAAUUUUCUGUUUACAUAAGGAUGUACAGCAUCAUUUCAUUCACCUCAAGAUUCCCUGACCAUUAUGUAGUGCUACAAUCAUACAUAACUGUAUAGAUAUUAUAAGGACCAAAAUUAGAUACUUGUGUUUCCUGUGUUGUACAUCUGUGACAGUGACAGACAUAUCUGGCCAACUUCCUCACAGUGGGCUGGCAAUACUCAACUAGCUACCAAGUCUUCACUGCUGUGUUGCAGCCAAAGGAUUCUAUCAUUCUCAGACUUUCAUAAUAUUUGUUGUUUAGUGAAUUUUAUUUGAAUUUUGAUCAGUUUAGAAAUUAGGAGACAACUGUUUUCUGCCAUUGCUUUGUUAGUUGGUAGAUGGGUUUAUGUGAUAGACGAAGUUUGGAAUACCUUUAACAGAAUUAUAUUUUCAUGUACUGUACUAAAAUGUUGUUGUUAUUUUGUAAUAUUUAAUGCCUAUGGUGAAUCACAGCAUGUUUUACUCUACAGAACGUUAACAUUCAUGUUGUUUCUACAGUGUUACAAAUCUUCCAUAUGCAACAGUCCUUAACUGCUAAUGACAGUUUUGUUCUACUUAGGGUACCAAUAUGUUGUUUGACAAAAAAUCAUGAUUUGAUUGAUUUCAGACCAAAAAUGCCAAAACACUGUAUAUUGACAAUAUUGUAUAUGACACUGUGGCCAGAAACAAGUUGGUAGGAAACCAGUGUGUAUGCCUGUGACAACUGCCUAUCAAAAUCAGAAACAUUUAUUUAACUUCCCCUUUAAGUACAACACAGACUUGAAGUAAAACCAGAAAUUUGAAUUUUAUAGUGUACAGUUGUGGGCACUGAAAGCCCAGCUGUGUCAGGGGCACCAGCUCUAUGAUUCCUUGGGGGUAACUA